UGCGGCGACGGCGGCGCGUUUCUGCGACACAAACUACAUUUCCACGACGGCAGCACGGGACGAGGAGGGGCUUCGCGGAGCGGAACGGAGCAACAAGUCGCCCCCGCGGCCACAGAGCGACUCCCUCGCGUCUCCGGCGGCAGGUGGUGAAUGGGACCGCGACUCGUUCUCUCCACGGCAGCAGUUUGACAUGGACGCAGGGGAAUAAGUCCGUCUGAGCGCACCGGCGUUUUCUGGCCACGGCGACGACUGCGGCGGGGAGAUAAGUCAGCCUCACGCGCACCGCGCCGCGUGCGAGCGAGCGAGCCGCGCCGCCAGAUAGCGUCCUCCUCGGACUCGGCGUCGUUGGACGGAACUCGGCGUCAUGGCGCUCGCCAGGUUCAGCAAAAUCCUGCGUCUGCCCACGCUGGACGCGAAGAGGAAAGUCAAGCAGUACGAGCACGUGCACCGGGGCGUCAACCCCAACGACAUCUGGGACGUGGUGGGCGAGCUGGGCGACGGCGCCUUCGGAAAGGUGUACAAGGCCAAGAACAAGGAGACAGGAGUUCUGGCUGCGGCCAAAGUGAUAGAGACCAAAAGUGAGGAGGAGCUGGACGAUUACAUGGUGGAGAUCGAGAUCCUGGCGAAGUGCGACCACCGCUACAUCGUCAAGCUGCUGGACGCCUUCUACCACGACAACAAGCUGUGGAUCAUGAUCGAGUUCUGCCCAGGAGGUGCAGUGGACGCCACAAUGCUCGAGUUGGACCGUGGGCUGACGGAGCCGCAGAUCAAGGUGGUUUGUCGGCAGUUGUUGGAGGCGUUGAAUUAUCUCCACAGCAUGAAAAUCAUUCACAGAGACCUGAAGGCCGGUAACGUCCUCCUCAUGCUGGACGGAGACAUCAAACUGGCUGAUUUUGGCGUGUCUGCAAAAAACACCAAAACCCUUCAAAGACGAGACUCCUUCAUAGGAACUCCGUACUGGAUGGCCCCAGAGGUGGUGCUGUGCGAGACCAUGAAGGACGCUCCCUACGACUACAAGGCGGACAUCUGGUCCCUGGGCAUCACGCUGAUCGAGUUCGCCCAGAUCGAGCCGCCGCACCACGAGCUCAACCCCAUGAGGGUGCUGCUGAAGAUCGCCAAGUCGGAACCUCCGACGCUGGAGGAGCAACACAAGUGGUCGCGGGAGUUCAAGGAUUUCUUGAAGGCGGCUUUGGAUAAAAACCCGGAGACUCGUCCAAGUGCGGCGCAGCUCCUCGAGCACCCUUUUGUGAAGUCGGUGACGUCCAACCGCCCCCUGCGGGAGCUGGUGGCCGAGGCCAAGGCUGAGGUCAUGGAGGAAAUAGAGGACAAUAGGGAGGAAGGAGAGGAGGACGAUGCCAUGGAAGUCUCUGUGACCUCAGGCAAGGAGCCAUGCCAGACCAGUCAAACCAGUUUGGAAGGGGAUCAGCCCCCCAGCCCCACUGGGCCGAUGCCUUUGCCCAGGAAGCUGAUGGAGGCGCCGACAGAGGUGCGGCCAGGUGCUGCCAUGAUGAUCCCCGUUCCCCUGCCGCGACUGCAGACCCCCCACAGAGCUGCAGAGGAGUUGGCAGGUGAUGUCCUCCUGGAGUCGGACAAGUCUGAAAGCAACGCCUCAACCAAGACUUCGAGCUCGGACUCUGGCAUUGAGGAUGGAAAGAGUACGCCCACAUCAGAGGAGGAAAAGGUUGUGGAGACUCCAGAGACGGAGCAGCCCCCGUCUCUUCCCCAAUCGGAGGCAUCUGAGGACUCUGACAUCACCAAGGACCCGGCAGCCGCCUCAAAGAGCCAGCGCACUGAGGACGAGGGGGCCGUUGUGGCCAACGGCGGCUCGCUGACGCCGAGCCCCAGCGUGACCCCCGCCCCCUCCUCCGCCGCCGCCUCCCCAGCGAGUACGCUUCGCUCCGAGCUCAACGGCGGCCUGAGCACGGCCACGCCGGAACGCGCCUCCGUAGGGGAGACCUACAUCAACGGGGGCAUCAUCAACUCGCGGUUCUCGUACUCGGGCAGCGCGGCGUCGGAGAGCAUGGACCUGUCUCUACCCAAGGGGAACGCGUCGACGUCUGCCAGGGACUUCUCAAACAAGACCCUAAAGCGAACCAGGAGGUUCAUGAUUGAUGGUGUGGAGGUGAGUGUGACCACAUCCAAGAUCAUCAGCGAUGAUGAGAAGAAAGACGAGGAGAUGAGGUUCCUGAGACGUCAGGAGCUGCGUGAGCUCCGCCUGCUGCAGAAGGAGGAACACCGAGCUCAGGCGCAGUUACACGCCAAACUGGAAACGCAGAAAGACCAAAUGCUGAAACGUUUCGACCAGGAAAUGAAUGCCAAGAAGAAGCACUACGAUACAGAGCUGGAAAACCUGGAGAAACAUCAGAAGCAGACUAUCGAGAGAAUGGAGACAGAGCACACAGUGCGACUCAAAGAAGAAAGCAAACGCAUCAGAGCUGAGCAGGAGCGAGAUUACAACAAGUUUCAGGAGGACCGCAAACGUCAGAAGAAGGAGGUGAAACAGUCUGUUGAUAAGCUGCCCAGGAAUCAGCGGAAGGACACCUUAAAGCAGAUGAUGGGGACCUUCCAAGAGAGGAAGCUCAGAGAGGAAGAGAAUUUCAUAGCCAAUCAGAAGGAAUACCUGGACACCACACUGAAGAACAUAAUCUCUAACAACAAGAGAGAGAUUGCAGAUACGGAGAAGGAAUUCCUUAAUAAGAAGCACCAGCUAAUCAGAGAACGUGAAGCGACGAUAUGGGACAUGGAGGAAAAGAAUCUCUUCGAGAAACACCAGCUGCUGAAGCAGCAGCUGAAGGAUCAGUACUUCCUCCAGAGGCAUCAGCUUCUCAAGAAACAUGAGAAGGAGCGGGAACAAAUGCAGCAGUACAAUCAGCGCAUGGUUGAGAUUCUCAAAGCGAGGCAGCAGCAGGAAAAGCACCGGCUUCCCAGGAUCCAGCGCAGCGAAGCCAAAACCCGCAUGACCAUGUUCAAGAAGAGCCUCCGCAUCAACCCCACGAGCAGCUCGGAGGAGAGGGAGAAGAUCAAACUGUUUUCACUGCAGGAGGAGAAGCGGCAGAAGGCAGAGAGGCUGCAUCAGCAGCAGAAACACGAGAACCAGAUGAGAGAGAAACUGGGACAGUGUGAGAGCAACAACAGGGAGCUGCAGCUGCUGCAGAACGAAAAGUGUCACCUCUUGGUUGAGAAUGAGACUCUGAGGCUCAAACAUCUGGACGAGCAGCACAACCACCUCAUGAAGGAAUGGAGGGACAAGCUGAGACCGAGGAAACAGGCCCUUGAAGAUGAGCUGAACAUGAAGAAAAAGGAACAGGAGAUUUUCUUCAGGAUGAGUCAGAGUGCUGACUAUGCGAAUCCCAGUUCUCCCAAUAGACUGUCUAGGUUUGUGCCUUAUCAGGAGUCUUACAACACAUAAAAACUGCUUCUGUGACCUGUUGCUAGCACCCACACACCCACUCAUACAACCACAGGCGCCUGUUCGCCUGCUGCCUCACUUUGAUUUGCUUUGCCAGUGAUGACAGCUCACCUCCCUCCAUUGGUUUCCUUUAUUUUACUUUAAUUUAUGUUUUACCUGCUCUACAUCCAGAGUAUCUGUUCACAUACAGUGUUUUAAUUUUAUGUUUGCUUCUAACUGCUAAAGAGUUAACAGGAAAUAGUGAUACAGUAGCUCUAAGUUUGGACAAACUGGAGACACCAAACUAAUGCGCAUAAGAAAACGAGGAGGGACGUGGUUUUUGGUUGAAGGGAAUUUCUUUUAGCGUGAUGCGAGCCAGAAGCUUUGCACUUCGUUUAUAUGUGCUGUCUUUCAAAUUGACCAAAAUGCUUCCCCCAAAUUUUAUGAUUUACUGACUUAUUUGCUUGUUUGUAAAGUGCCUGCCUUUAUUUAUUUGUACUAAAUCUAUCUGAAAGCAUUGAAUCAUCACUGUACAUGCUAAAUGUCUUUUUUCUGAAAGGUAUGACGUCCUUAUUUUACGUCUUGUUCAUUAUGGGGAUGAGGCUAAAUCCUAAGUUAAAGUAAUACUUUUUCUUCUUACUAAUUAGUAAUUAAAUUUUAAUGGGCAAGGGGAAGCGAUUGUCAGUGUUUGAUUUAUUUCUUCAGUUGUAUUUUUACUGUAAUCAGCCACACUGGAUGGGAGCUGAACCAAAGCAGAAUACUGUUGGUCUUUGAUGUUAGGACUUAAACAUUAGGUGUAUAAUUGUUUGACUGUGUGCAGUAAAUGCACUGCCUGCUAACCAAAGUGCAAUAUUACAGGUAUGUCUUUGCUAAGCUCGUCUUAAACUCCAUUUCCUUUGCACUUAGAAGGGGGUAAUAUGCAGUUUAACCAAAAACAGAUGUGUCAACAUUCUGAGGGAAAUACUUUUAUUUGGCGAGCAGCGUGAUUAUGAAUCAUGAGUCUUCAUAUUAUUUUUAAGGGAGUGCCUUUAAAUGUAGUUUGCAGCCAAGGAACUUUUUGCCUUAAGGUGAGAGAAAGCAGCGUAUCCUCCAGAGUCAGGUACAGCUUAACCUCUUCCUGCCUCUUAUUUAAAUUUUUUUGUGAAUGUGUGGAACAUUUAAUUUUUCCAUGUACGUCUUCCUCUCUGCUUCAGUUUACACAGCGUUGUUUGCAUGGAGGUGUUAGUGUGAAUGUAUGAGAUGGAACCACUGUUGUAAAUAACUCAAUAAAUGCAGAUUUUCUAAUUAC